CUAUCACUUCUCUUUCCGCUCUAUUAGAGAAGAUACAUUCUGAUGGAGGAAAUAUUGUUGCAUCAAUACAACUUUUUGACCAUUCAUACUAAGGCCAUUCGUCUGCCCUUAUCCGAAUCCUGCUUAGAUGUAGAUAUAUGUGUCAAAAGUGAGACGCGGAUAGCCCUGGCCACUCAGCUUCGGCGACGGAGGGGAAGCCAGGUCUGCCAAAUCGGGCGGAGUCGGAAACGCGAAAGCUGAACCUUGCCUAUACUACCUCCCUCCCCCGACAGAGGCGCACGAUGAUCGUGGAGCUGAAAGCGAGCGUGAUCUGAGUGCCGAGAAAAGCGCUGCGUUGUCCGGACAGAGAAUCGCUGCGAUUCGGGUUAGACCACCGUUCACAGAAAGAGCAUUGUAGCGGCCGACGGAGGCAACAGCGGUCGGCGUGAGAUCCCUUCGUGCCCGCCAUUCAGAGACCAACAUUCUUCCAGUUCUCGUCGAAUACUGGGACAGAGCUAGAAGGCGCUAUCGGCAGACAAACCCCUCCAGGAAUAUCCCCCUCCGGUGUUGUGCGCCGAUAUUUCCCCCCAGAAAUGGACGGUUUCGCCGGCAGUUUAGAUGACAGUAUCUCGGCUGCGAGUGCGUCGGACGUCCAGGACCGGCUGUCGUCGCUGGAGCUCCGCGUGCAGCAGCAGGAGGAUGAGAUCACGGUCAUGAAGGCGGCGCUGGCCGACGUGCUCCGCAGGCUGGCUCUGUCAGAGGACACCGCUGCCGCCGCCGCCAAAAAGCAGGCCGCCGGGAAAGGUCAGAACCCGAUGCGUGAGGCCUACUCCAUGUCCUGCAUCCCUAAUGGUGGCUCCGGUGGACGCAAGACGCACAGAGACACCACCAGCGUCUCUGUCGCCAGGAAGGAGACGCUCGCCUCAGCAGCCAAGAGCGGUUUGGAGCGGAAGCGGGACAAGCCGGCCAUGGAGGGCAUCAAGGAGAAGGAGGAGCCGGCGCAGGCUAACGAUAAAAUCCCUGCCGCCAGCCCCCAAACACCGUCCCCCUCCAGCCACCCCCCAUCCCCACACCCCCCUACCCCCCAAAGGCAGACGCCGGAGAGCAAGGGCCCCCCAUCGGGCAAAAGGGGUAGCAGUGCUAAGAGGGGUAUGGAGCGUUCUCAGAGCAGCACGUGGGACAGUGGAGAGGACAACAGGAACAAGCUGGUGAAAGCCGCCUCCACCUCCAAACUCCUCGCCAAGGUGGUGAAGAACGCUGAGAAACACAAAGACCCAGUGAUAAGCCAAGCCAAAAUGUCCACGCGAGAGAAAAACAGCCAAGAGGGGGACUACAUUAAGACGUUCAUGCGCGGGCGUCCCAUCACCAUGUUUAUCCCGUCGGAUGUGGAAAACUACGAGGACAUCCGCACAGAGCUGCCGUCCGAGAGACUCAAACUGGAGUGGGUGUUCGGCUACAGGGGGCGAGACUGCCGGGCCAACGUGUACCUGCUGCCCACGGGCGAGAUCGUCUACUUCAUCGCCUCCGUCGUCGUCCUCUUCAACUACGAGGAGCGCACACAGCGCCACUUCCUGGGCCACACCGACUGCGUCAAAUGUUUGGCAGUCCACCCAGACAAGAUCCGCAUUGCCACGGGACAGAUAGCAGGAGUGGAUAAAGAUGGGCGGCCGUUGCAGCCCCACGUACGGGUGUGGGAUUCGGUGAGCUUGUCCACGCUGCAGGUGUUCGGGAUGGGUGUGUUUGAGAGAGGAGUGGGGUCCCUCGCCUUCUCCAAAGCGGACUCUGGCACACACCUGAGUGUGAUCGAUGACUCCAAUGAGCACAUGCUGACUGUCUGGGACUGGCAGAAGAAGUCAAAGAUAGCUGAGAUUAAGACCACUAAUGAGGUGGUACUGGCCGUUGAGUUCCACCCCACUGAUGCCAACACCAUAGUCACCUGUGGCAAGUCUCACAUCUUCUUCUGGACCUGGGCGGGCACCUCACUGGCACGCAAGCAGGGCAUCUUUGGGAAAUACGAGAAGCCUAAGUUUGUGCAGUGCCUGGCCUUCCUGAGCAACGGAGACAUCCUGGCCGGAGACUCAGGGGGGAUUAUGCUCAUAUGGAGCCGCAGCACCGUGGAACCGGCCCCAGGGAAGGGCCCCAAAGGGGCGUUCCAGAUCAGUCGUCAGAUAAAGGCCCAUGACGGCAGUGUCUUCACCCUGUGCCAGAUGAGGAAUGGCACCCUGCUCACGGGCGGCGGGAAGGACCACAAGAUCAUCCUCUGGGACCAUGACCUCAACCCUGAGAGAGAGAUAGAGGUGCCUGACCAGUAUGGAACCAUUCGCGCCGUGGCUGAGGGCAAGGGGGAGCAGUUUCUGGUGGGCACGUCGCGCAACUUCAUCCUGAGGGGGACCUUUAAUGAUGGCUUCCAGGUGGAGGUGCAGGGACACACAGAUGAGUUGUGGGGUCUGGCAACGCAUCCGUUCCGGGAUCUCUUCCUCAGCUGUGCUCAGGACAGACAAGUGUGUCUGUGGAACGCUGCGGACCACACGCUGGAAUGGACCAGGCUCCUGGAUGAGCAUGGACACUGUGCGGACUUCCACCCUAGUGGUGCUGUAGUGGCCAUAGGCACCCACUCUGGAAAGUGGUACGCACUGGAUGCUGAGACUCGGGACUUGGUGGCCAUACACACAGAUGGCAACGAACAGUUGUCUGUUAUGCGCUACUCCGUAGAUGGAGCCCUGCUGGCAGUGGGAUCUCAUGAUAACUUCAUUUACCUCUACACGGUGUCGGACAAAGGACGCAAAUACAGCAGAUACGGGAAGUGCUCGGGACAUUCCAGCUACAUCACACAUCUUGACUGGUCCCCCGACAACAAGUUUAUCAUGUCCAACUCAGGAGACUAUGAAAUCCUCUACUGGGACAUUCCAAAUGGCUGUAAGCUCAUCCGGAAUCGCUCCGAGUGUAAAGACAUAGACUGGGCCACCUACACUUGUGUGCUGGGCUUCCAUGUGUUUGGUGUGUGGCCUGAAGGAUCUGAUGGCACAGACAUUAACGCCCUUAUAAGGUCUCACAACCGUAAGGUCAUCGCCCUUGCCGACGACUUCUGCAAAGUACACCUUUUCCAGUACCCCUGCUCCCGGCCCAAGGCCCCCAGCCACAAGUACACUGCCCACAGCAGUCACGUGACGAAUGUGAGCUUCCUGCACACGGACAGCCACCUCCUGUCCACCGGGGGAAAGGACACCAGCAUCAUGCAGUGGCGCCUGGUGGAGAAGACGCCCUCCAUGGUGCCCAGCGACUCGGCCCUGGGCCUGAGCGACACCCUCCUGCAUAGCCCCUCCCCCAGGGCCAUGGCCUCGCUGCCCCUCACCCCCCUCACCCCCCUGACCCCCACCGAGCCCCCGCUGUUGCCGCUGACGACCAACGCCAACGCUGUUGUCGCCACGCCACCGCCGACCCCCACCGCUGAGGUGGAUGUCGAUGGGGCGGAGCUAGCACAGCCCACAGCCAAUGGGAGGCAGGAGAGCUCGCCCGACUCGCCGCCUCCAUCCAAUGAGCCCACGCUGACGUCUGACAGCACGCUGAGCCCCAAGGACAGCCUGGAACCCAGCGAUGAUACAGCCACGCCCAGCGACGAGGGGAUGCCCUUCUCACUGCCCUCAUAAAUAGGGACCCCCUCCACCACAGGACCCAGGCUGACCCCCACCCCCAAACCCCACAACACCCAAACCGUUCCAGACACCCCUCUCUUUAGCUCCUGUGCUCUGCACAUCCCACAUGCACACACACACACACACACACACACACACAAACACACACACGCACACAAACACACACACGCACA